GAGAGCUUCGUGUCCAAAUUCAAUAAGCUCCUGCAAUCUCUGUGGGCUCCCUGUUCUCUCUCUCUCUCCCUCUCUCUCUCUACUUUCUCCAUUACCCCUCUUCCCCUCUUGUGAUUUGUGUUUCUCUGACUUACGAGCGUUAAAUAAAUUUUGGGACUCUUCGUGGAGCCCAGGGUUCUCUUCCUCUCUUUUUCUCCAUUCUCCAUUUUAUCGACUGUCUCUCUUCCCCCCGCUUAUUUCAUUUCUGCCUUGCUGUCUCGCUUGCUCUCCAUGUUGGGCUUUAUGGGUUUUGUCUGGUGAGGCCUGAUAGUGAAAAAAAUAAAAGAAAAAGGAAGGAAAAAGGCGAGAGAUCAAGCAGUCCCAGAAUAGAAACUUAUUUCUCUCUCUCUCUCUUUGUGGGAUCCGAUCUCGAUUUUCAUACAAUUCCACCUGCCUGGGUCUCCGUAUAAUCCCUGGAUGAAGAGAGGAGGAAAGAAGGUAACUGUUGGCGCCUCCCUAUCUGAUCUUUCUAGGGUUUCCGCAUCAGGGUUUGGGUUGUUCCUCUCUGCACGGCGGUGUUCGUUACUUAGGGAAAGAAAUUGGAGGUUGGUUUGGGUGAGAUGAGGGAUGUUAUCAGAUUUGAUGAAGCUUGUGAGCAACUGCUGGCGGCCGUCAGCGAACAAUCGAUACGGCAAUGGUAGGGGAAGUGGUGGCGGAGGGGCGGACGCUGCAGCCGUAGGACGGCAGGAUGGGUUACUCUGGUAUAAAGAUUCCGGCCAGCAUUUGAAUGGCGAAUUCUCGAUGGCUGUCGUCCAGGCUAACAAUCUUCUUGAGGAUCAGAGCCAGAUAGAGUCGGGUGCCUUGAGCUCGCUCGAGUCUGGCCCCUGCGGCACGUUCGUUGGGGUCUAUGACGGCCAUGGUGGGCCUGAGACGUCUCGGUACAUCAACGAUCAUCUCUUCCCCCACCUAAGGAAAUUCGCGUCAGAGCAACAGUCGAUGUCAACAGAUGUCAUAAGAAAGGCAAUCCUUGCGACAGAAGAAGGGUUUUGCUCUCUUGUCUCCAAACAGUGGCCUCACCGCCCUCAGAUUGCAGCGGUAGGGUCGUGUUGUCUGGUGGGAGUGAUAUGCAAUGGAGUGCUUUACGUUGCUAACCUCGGUGACUCUCGGGCUGUUUUGGGGAGGAUAAUCAAGGAAACGGGAGAAGUUUUGGCCAUGCAAUUGUCAACAGAACAUAAUGCAAGUAAUGAAUCCAUAAGGCAGGAGCUGCGUUCAAUGCAUCCUGAUGAUUCACAUAUAGUAGUCUUGAAGCAUAAUGUGUGGCGCGUGAAGGGCCUUAUACAGAUUUCCAGAUCGAUCGGUGACAUAUACUUGAAAAAGGCAGAAUUCAACAGGGAGCCAUUAUAUGCUAAAUUUCGCCUUCCUGCACCCUUUAAAAGGCCAAUACUUAGUGCUGAACCAUCAAUCGAGGUACACACACUGCAACCAUGUGAUCAGUUCAUCAUAUUUGCUUCUGAUGGGCUCUGGGAGCAUCUCAGUAACCAGGAAGCAGUUGAACUUGUCCAUAAUCAUCCCCGGAAUGGGAGCGCAAGGAAACUUAUCAAAGCUGCACUUCAAGAAGCGGCUAAGAAGAGAGAAAUGCGGUAUUCCGAUUUGAAAAAGAUUGAACGAGGUGUGAGGCGACAUUUUCAUGAUGACAUCACGGUGGUGGUUGUGUUUCUUGAUUCCCAUUUCAUAAGCAAAGCAAGCUCAAACCGUGGGGCCUCUAAUGUAUCCAUAAGAGGUGGUGGCAUAACUGUGCCUCCAAAUUCUUUAGCUCCAUGUGCGACCCCUGUAGAAACAUAGCCCAUCUUGCUGAUGAGCCUUGGAUGAAUUCGGACUCCCAUGCAGAGGUUAGGACACGCCUCAAGCUCAUCUCAUGGGUGCAUAAUGUAGACCAUCAUUUCAUAAGCUUCCAGCUGGAGGUAAGGAACUUGAGUAUCCUGAGAGCACCUGGGAAGGUGAGUCAAGAGUUUGAUUAUGGUAACUGUGCCAUUAUCUAUUUCUAAAGAUCUCAUCUCAUGUACAGUGUGUGUAACGUCGCCAGGAAUCUUACCCUGCCCUCUGCUCUCUGAUUGUAUGUUUACAUCUCGUUGAGAAAGUUGUUCUUAUAGUUCCUUUUAUUUACCAAACGUCAUGUUUCUUGAACAGAAUCCAUCAUAAUUGAUGACAGAUCUUGUGCUUUCAUGCUAA